GUAAAAUACUCCAGCUACUUGAAAGUUCUACGAGAGCUUAAUGAUUCACCAGAGUCUCCUGACCUCUUUGAUGAAUCGAGAUUGCUUGACUUCAUCACUUGAAUUUGCAGACUAAGAUAAGACUACGUACGAAUUGCUAAAUCAUGGGAUUGGUAGUGUACUGGUAUGAUUUCGUGUGUUUUGGCAUCGUUGGUGGAGCAUUUCUUGGUUCCAUCUAUGUGAUUUGGAUGAGAGAAGGUGCCGGAAAAUGCAAAGAAGACAGAACCAUGUAUGAGAGUCUGGUGGUAACUCCACCGCCAGACGACAUUCCUGGUGGCUAUGCAGCGGCAGCAGUAGCAGCAGGGGUAAGUAGUACUCCAAGAGGGCAUGUAAGCUCUACUCAACUCUGGACCAGUUGUUGGAGAGGGCUGCACCCAAUAUGGCUCUUGGCCCUACGUUUUGCCUCGUUUCUCAUCAUGGCUGCGCUCUUAGUUUGGGAUGUCAUAAUCUAUGACCCCUCCGUCUUUGCUUACUACACCGAGUGGACUUUUGCUUUGGUUAUUGUCUAUUUCGCCAUAGGGACAAUUGUAUCUGCAAAUGGAUGCAUGGUCUACUACUGGAAGAAACCUCCUUUCGCUAGUGUGCAGAGGGAAGAAUUUCUAAGAAGGGAUGUGGAAGAGAGUCAGAGUAUAUGUACAAACGCUAUGACUUUUAGGGCAAAAGAAAUGAGUGGCUCCAUCAAGUUGCAAAGCCCCUAUGACCAAGAAGCCAUCGAACAAAGAGCAGGUUUCUGGGGAUACCUUAUGCAGAUUGCGUAUCAGACUUGUGCAGGUGCUGUCAUUCUAACGGACCUUGUUUUUUGGUGUAUUAUUGUCCCGUUUCUGACAGAUGCACAUCUUGAACUGAACCUGUUGAUGGGGUGCAUGCAUACACUAAAUGCCAUUUUUCUUCUUCUUGAUACCGCUGUUAAUAGCCUUCCAUUUCCUUCGUUUCGACUAGCAUAUUUUGUGCUCUGGAGCUGCUGCUAUGUUAUUUUCGAGUGGGUUGUUCAUGCCUGUGGUUAUUCAUCACUGUGGCCAUAUCCUUUCCUUGAGCUUGGAGUACCAUGGGCACCUUUGUGGUACUUUUGCUUGGCCGUGGUUCACAUCCCCUGCUAUGGACUAUAUGCGUUGCUUAUAAGAGCCAAGAACUCCAUUUUUCCUAGAAUGUUCCCCCAAUCAUUUGUGAAGUCAUUUUAGUGUGUUUUUUUUUUUUAUAUAUAUAAUUAUUAUUAAGCCUCCAAGGCAUUAUAUAUAUUAUGUUGUUAUCAAAUGAUCUGCUUGUAUAUGUAAAGGAGGGAACAACAAUAGUAGACGCACACCCAUUUCUAAACAAUAGUAUACAUAUCCUAUUGGUCAUUAUGGGAGAAGAGGAGUGAGAUUGCUUCCACUGGUUUUACACACUAAUCUCAAAGUCCAACUUUUUUUCUCCUUUUUUUUUUCUUCUCUUUUACAUAUGUAUCACCAGCUGGUAUGGGCUUUCAAGUUCCAACCACCCUAACCCCUAUGCUACAGAUCCCUCUUUCCC